AGGCUGGGCAGGCACCGAGCCCCCAUCUUCCUCCUCCUCCUCCUCCCCCACCUCCUCCUCUUCCUCCUCCUCCUCCUCCUCCUCUCCUUCUUCCCCGCUUCUCCUCCCGAUGUCUCCCCGCACAUGAAAGGAGCGGCUGUCGGCGCACGGCAUGGCAUGAGCUAGGCGAGCUGGAGAGAGACCCGUGGAAGAUGUCGAACCCGAGAAACGGCGACACCAAGCCCCCAUGUUUGCCCCGCAAUGGACUGGUGAAGAUCCCCACACAGCCCAACGGCCUCGGCUCCGCCAGCAUCACCAAAGGCACCCCCGCCGUGAAAAACCGCCUGUGCCAGCCUUCCUCCGUGCCUGCCAUCCUCAGCCCGGCCUUAGCCCCCCGCAGCGACCUGCCCAUCCCCAGCCUGGCCUCACCGCUCUCCCUGGCCACUCUGGCCGGCGUCUCGUCCCCUCCCGGCGCCUCCCUGGUGGGACUGAACUCGAGCGAGGCCACCCCGGGCGCGGAGCACCCCUCGCCGGAGCGGCUGCCCGGCUCGCCCUCGGAGAGGCAGCUGGCGGUGGACGAGAAGAUCCUCAACCGCCUCUUCUGGUACUUUUCGGCGUGCGAGAAGUGCGUGCUGGCGCAGGUGUGCAAGGCGUGGCGGCGGGUGCUCUACCAGCCCAAGUUCUGGGUGGGCCUGACGCCCGUCCUGCACACCAAAGAGCUCUACAACGUCCUGCCCGGGGGCGAGAAGGAGUUCGUCAGCCUGCAGGGCUUCGCCGUGCGGGGCUUCGACGGCUUCUGCCUCGUGGGCGUCUCCGACCUGGACAUUUGUGAGUUCAUUGACAACUACCCCCUGUCCAAGAAGGGGGUCAAGUCCAUGAGCCUUAAGAGGUCGACCAUCACGGACGCGGGGCUGGAGGUGAUGCUGGAGCAGAUGCAGGGCGUGGUGCGGCUGGAGCUCUCGGGCUGCAACGACUUCACGGAGGCCGGGCUGUGGUCGAGCCUCAAUGCCCGCAUCACGGCGCUGAGCGUCAGCGACUGCAUCAACGUGGCCGACGACGCCAUCGCCGCCAUCUCGCAGCUCCUGCCCAACCUCGCCGAGCUCAACCUGCAGGCCUACCACGUGACGGACACGGCGCUCGCCUACUUCACCGCCAAGCAGGGCUACACCACCCACACCCUGCGCCUCAACUCCUGCUGGGAGAUCACCAACCACGGCGUGGUCAACAUGGUGCACAGCCUGCCCAACCUGAGCGUCCUCAGCCUCUCGGGCUGCUCCAAGGUGACGGACGACGGCGUGGAGCUGGUGGCCGAGAACCUGCGCAAGCUGCGCAGCCUCGACCUGUCCUGGUGCCCUCGCAUCACCGACAUGGCCCUGGAGUACAUCGCCUGCGACCUGCACAAGCUGGAGGAGCUGGUGCUCGACAGGUGUGUGCGGAUCACCGACACCGGGCUCAGCUACCUGUCCACCAUGUCGUCCCUGCGGAGCCUCUACCUGCGCUGGUGCUGCCAGGUGCAGGAUUUUGGCCUGAAGCACCUCCUGGGCAUGGGCAGCCUGCGCCUCCUAUCCCUCGCCGGCUGCCCCUUGCUGACCACCACGGGCCUGUCGGGGCUGGUGCAGCUGCAGGAGCUGGAGGAGCUGGAGCUCACCAACUGCCCCGGAGCCACCCCCGAGCUCUUCAAGUACUUCUCCCAGCACCUGCCCUGCUGCAUGGUCAUCGAGUAGCGCCCGCCCGCCGGGGACCGGCCCCCCCCCAGACCCAGCCGCGCCGCCGGCCGACAUCACCCGACCGAUUUCUUGCUGUCUGCGGGAUUUGGGGGGGGGGACACGACACACACACGCAAGAGACGCUGCCGACUCGACCGACCCACGUGUAAAGACCCCCCCCACACUCCACCCCUCUUCGACGCCCCCGGAUGCCAGCAUCCCCCCACCCCCCAACACCACCGCAGCUGACGAGGGGCCCGGCGACAGGAGGAGGAUUCUUUUUUUGGCACCCAUGGGUGCUCGGACGGACGGGUGCCCGGGACCCCCGCACAGAGCCACAGGCACCCCCGGAUCCG